CGUGAACUUGCUCGAGUGACGCCCAAACGGUCGGACCGAGUGGCCGGCUCAUAACAAGAUCGUAAACAGGAACUUUUAAAUUCUAAAUACGCCGGACGACUAACGUGGUGACUUGUGACCCCGUCGAACGAUUUACAUAAACAAUGAUUCUAUCGGUAACGUUUUUAGUGAUAAUUGUGAUCCUAUAUUUAUUAGUCACAAGAAAACAUAACUACUGGAAAGUAAGAGGAGUAAAGUAUGAAGAGCCGGCGCCUAUGGUCGGCAGCAUAUGGCGAGUGUUUAAACAAAAUGUCAGCUUGUCUCAGUAUCUCGCAGAAUUGUACCAGAAGUAUCCGAAAGAAAAGUUCGUUGGGUACUUCGGUGGUAGUGCUAUCUCCCUCCUGGUGAGGGAUCCUGAGCUUGUGAAACAUGUUCUAGUGACCGAUUUCCAGUGUUUUUAUCCGAGAGGGUUGAAUACUCAUAAGACAGUGAUAGAGCCGAUGAUGAAGAACCUGUUCUUUGCGGACGGAGAUCUGUGGAAGCUGCUGCGGCAGAGGAUGACGCCAGCGUUCACGUCCGGCAAGCUGAAGGCGAUGUUCCCCCUGAUCGUGGAGAGGACUGAGCGGCUGCAGCGCUCCGCCGCCGCCAAGCUAGGUUCAGAAGUAGACGUGCGCGACCUCAUGGCGCGCUACACCACCGACUUCAUCGGCGCCUGCGGCUUCGGCAUGGACACAGACUCCAUCACCGACGACAAAUCCCCGUUCCGAGAUCUGGGAAAGCGUAUUUUUACUCCAACCCUAAGAGCGGCUAUCUGUUCGUUUCUAAAGUGGACUUUCCCAGAAACGUUCAAGCAUUUGCACAUAACAGCCUCUGAUGUCACGAGAGAUACGAUUGAUUUGGUGAAAACCAUCAUGCAGGAGAGGAAUUACAAGCCUGUCGGGAGAAACGACUUUAUAGAUUUGCUUUUUGAGUUGAGAGCGAAGGGGGUUAUGGUUGGCGAGUCUCUGGAGAAGAGGAAUGCUGAUGGGACGCCGAAGACGGUAGAGUUGGAGUUGGACGAGCUGCUGAUGGCGGCGCAGGUGUUCGUGUUCUUCGCGGCAGGGUUCGAGACGUCCUCGUCGGCGACCAGCUACACGCUGCACCAGCUCGCCCUGCACCCUGACCAGCAGGCCAAGUGCCAGCAGGAGAUUGACGAAGUGCUUGCACGACAUGACGGGAAGUUAUGCUACGAUGCUGUCAAAGAGAUGAAGUACCUACACAUGUGUUUUAAGGAAGGCAUGCGAAUGUUCCCGUCUCUAGGCUUCCUCAUCCGACAAUGCGUGAGGCCGUACACGUUCCCGGGGACCGACGUGACCAUCGACGGCGGCGUGUACGUGCUGGUCUCCGUGCAGGGUUUGCAUAACGACGAGCAGUACUUCAAGGAUCCGGCGCAGUUCCGGCCGGAGCGGUUCGCCGAGGGGGCGCCCUCUAUACCUAACCACGUGUACCUCCCGUUUGGAGAAGGACCUAGAGCGUGUAUAGGUGGAGAUCUGUGGAAGCUGCUGCGGCAGAGGCUGACGCCGGCUUUCACGUCCGGGAAGCUGAAGGCGAUGUUCCCUCUGAUCGUGGAGAGGACUGAGCGGCUGCAGCGCUCCGCCGCCGCCAAGCUGGGUUCAGAAGUAGACGUGCGCGACCUCAUGGCGCGCUACACCACCGACUUCAUCGGCGCCUGCGGCUUCGGCAUCGACACCGACUCCAUCAAUGACGACACGUCGACUUUCCGCCAACUCGGUAAAAGCAUUUUCAACCCAACAAAAAAACAUUUCAUCAUUUCCGCACUAAAGUGGAUAUUCCCAGAAAAACUUAAGCAUUAUCGUCUAUUACCGUUACAUAUUGAACAAGCUACGCUUGCCUUGGUGAAAGGGAUUAUGAUGAAAAGAAAUUACAAGCCCUCGGCCAGAAAUGACUUUAUUGAUCUGCUUUUGGAGUUAAGAGAGAAAGGGACUAUUGUUGGAGAAUCGUUGGAAAGCAGAAAUGAUGACGGGCCACAGACAGCUCAGUUGGAAAUGGACGAGGUCCUGAUGGCGGCGCAGGUGUUCGUGUUCUUCGCGGCAGGGUUCGAGACGUCCUCGUCGGCGACCAGCUACACGCUGCAUCAGCUGGCGAUGAACCCUGACCAGCAGGUCAAGUGCCAGCAGGAGAUCGACAAUGUACUCGCCAGAUAUGACGGAAAACUUUGCUACGACGCCGUCAAAGAGAUGAAGUACUUAGAAAUGUGUUUCAAAGAAGGCAUGCGAAUGCUUCCAUCUUUAGGCUUCCUCAUCCGCCAGUGCGUAAGACCGUACACCUUCCCCGGCACCGACGUGAGCAUAGACGCCGGUGUGUACGUGCUGGUGUCCACACAGGGCCUGCACAACGACGAGCAGUACUUUGGGGCCCCGGACCAGUUCCACCCGGAGCGGUUUAGUGAAGGCGCAAACAUCCCUAAACAUGUUUAUCUGCCUUUCGGGGAAGGACCACGGGCUUGCAUAGGUGAGCGUCUGGGGCUGAUGCAGUCGCUGGCGGGGCUGGCGGCGCUGCUGCGCCAGUGCUCAGUGGCGCCAUCUGCCGGCACCCGCGCGCCCCGCGUCGACCCUGCUUCUUUCAUAGUUCAGAACAUAGAUGGCGGACUACCGCUCUCAUUGGUGUCCCGCAAGAUCCAAUCAGAUGUUCAUGUGAAGUAAUUUU